AGGGGCUUCGAACGCAAGUUCCCCGUAUUAUAGUCGAAGCGUAUUUCUUUGAAGCCCGCAAGUGUCAGGGGGCACCUCCUUGGGAAAGCUGAGACCAAUUGCACUGAUAUACAGACACUAUAGUUGACGGACCACUUGCACCAUAUUUUCCUGGAUUUGAUUAUAAUUUAAACUCCGCUCACAAUCUAUUAUUUAAGAAACUUUUUAAUAAUUUGGUUAUCGAUUUGUGUUAAUCACUAAAAAUAAAGAAACAAUGAAGACUUCAGUGUUAGGACAUGAUUUCGGAAUGACUCCAACUGUGGAGGACAUCGUUAGAGACACAAUCCUCGAGGACAACAGCGAGGAUGCCUUCUAUGUGGUUGACAUCCAAGACAUUCUGCGAAAGCAUAAGAAAUGGUUGCUUAAUAUGCCUCGAGUGCAGCCCUAUUAUGCCGUCAAAUGCAAUCCGACGCCAAUAGUGUUGGAACUGUUGGCCUCUUUGGGCAUUGGCUUCGACUGUGCCUCAAAGGGAGAGAUUGAAUCGGUGAUGAAUAUUGGCGUCACGCCAAACCGUAUAAUAUAUGCCAAUCCCUGCAAAACCAAAUCAUUCAUAAGACAUGCGGCAGACGUUGGCGUCGAAGUAAUGACUUUUGACAACGAGCUCGAGCUCUACAAAGUGAGACAAUUUCAUCCCAACGCCAAAAUGGUUUUACGCAUCAAAGUAGACGACAGUCACGCCGUGUGUCGGUUGGGCCUCAAGUUCGGCGCCGACAUCGACAAAGUGCCGCAUUUGCUGCAAACCGCUAAGAAUAUCGGCGUUAAUAUCAUUGGUUGCAGUUUCCAUGUGGGCAGCGGUUGCGAAAGCGCCGACGCCUACACCGAAGCCAUUGCUAAUGCAAAGUAUGUCUUUGAUUUGGGCCGAGAUCUGGGCUUCAAAAUGACUUUCCUUGACAUCGGCGGUGGAUUUCCCGGCACUUCUGUCACCAAAGUUAGCUUUGAAGACACGGCAAAAGCAGUGAGCAGUGCACUGGACAUCCAUUUCCCAAGUGUCGAUGCCAUGGGAAAUGAAUCCAACAUUACUAUCAUUGCAGAACCGGGACGUUAUUACGUGGCCUCUGCCUUCACUUUAGCCACUAAUAUAAUCGCCAAAAGGAGUGUCCAAAUGGAGGAUCAGACAGCAAUGAUGUAUUACCUGAACGACGGUGUGUACGGGUCGUUCAACUGCACCAUUUUCGAUCAUUGGGUCGUCGAUCCCAUUCCCUUCCCUAUUGACCACCGUUUGGAAGAGCGCGCCAACCAUUUGACCACUUUGUGGGGUCCGACGUGUGAUAGUAUGGAUUGCAUCAAACGGGAUGUAGUGUUGCCUGAGAUGCACAUCGGAGAGUGGAUUCUGUUCAAAGAGAUGGGCGCCUAUACCAUCUGUGCGGGCUCUGAGUUCAACGGCUUUAAGAUGCCAUCGAUGCUGUACUACGUGCCCGCGUAUACCCUCCAAAUGCUCCAACAUUUGCCAAAUUGGAGCCGCAUUUCAACCAUUCUUGACAUUGAGAACCAAGACUCGACUGCAAUGGAUGUCUAUGAUGUGGACCACAGUCUCGAACUAAUAUCUGUUCAUUAAAUCUAUUUUUAUUUUCUCUUUAUUUUUAUAAUGCAUUCCAUUUAUAAUUGACUUUUUAAUUAACUUCCUUUUUUCAAUUUUUCUUUUCUAUUUCAAACAGU